AUGUCACCAAUCCUUUUGACAACACAAAUCAACGGUCCAGAUCAAUCCUCCCGUAUAGCUACUCUGCUGAACGAAAAACCGCCUCCAUUCUUCUCCCUCCUCGCAAACUCGUAACUCAAUUCCGAAAUUCUUCAAAUUUGAUUUCGAUUUUCGUUUAGAAGCAUGUUGAUCGGAGAAGAAGAAGUUGAAUAUGAAGAAACUGUUGUUGAUGAUGUUGAAGAAGUUGAAGAAGACGAUGACGGUGAGGAUGAAGAUGAAGAUGAAGAAGAAGAGGAUGAUGAUGAUGAUGUGCAGGAGGUUGUUCCGGAAUCAGGCGGUGCUUCACACGCGCCUACGGUAGAUGACGGUGAGGAUGAUGAUGAUGAGGAAGAGGAGGAUGAUGACGGUGACGGUGAAGAUGACGGCGAUGAUAGCGAUGAUGAUGAUGAUGAGGAGGAGGAGGAGGAGGAUGAAGAAGACGGUGAAGAUGAUGAGGAGGACCCACCGACUGAGUACUUGGUUCGACCUGUGGCUAACCCUGAAGACGAGGAGGAAACUAGUGAUUUUGAGCCAGAGGAGAACGGUGCUGAUGAGUCCGAAGAAGAAGAGGACGAAGAAGACGAUGGUAAGGUUGAAGCCCCACCAAAGAGAAAACGAUCCAAGAAAGAUGACGACGAUGAUGAUGACGGCGACGACGACGACGACGAUGAUCAGAGACCGUCCAAGAGAUAGUGGCUCCUGGGCUGUCUUAACUCAAGCAAUUUAGAACUUUUGAUUUGUAGUAUUGGUAUCUAGGUUGAUGUUCUUUGCUCUUAGAUUUGUACUCUUGGAUAUUUUUGGUUACUUCUGUUAACCUAUAACUAGCGUAUGUCAAAACAGUUGUUCAUACUUUGUAUUUUUUACAUUUCUGUCUAGUUUUGUUUUUUCA